GUUGGACUGUUGAACAGAUGACAACAUUUUUGCAUUUCAAAGUCACUGGAUUGAAUGACGAGGCUGUAAACCAGCUUAUCAAAGGGGGAAAACGAACUGAUUGAACAAUGGCAGCUCGUCCAACUCAGGAAAACACGGAGAACAUUCCGGACUUUGUCCAGUUAAAUGACCUGGCUUGUGAAACAACAGGAGCAAAGGUCCUGUUUGCAACAGAUGAUUGGUUUGCAGCUGCAGAGAAUCUUUUGAAGCGAGAAGCACCACAAUGGAAAGCAGAAGAUUUCACCAUUUUUGGCAAAUGGAUGGAUGGCUGGGAAACUAGGAGAAAACGAAUUUCAGGUCAUGACUGGUGUGUUAUCAAGUUGGGCAUGCCUGGAAUCAUACAUGGAUUUGACGUAGAUACUUCUUACUUUACUGGCAAUUAUGCUCCUCGUAUAUCGAUUGCAGCUGCAAACCUAAAUACUGAUGAAAUUCCAGACCUGCCUCCAAGAGGGGAGAAAACAGGAACUGCUGCUUCGGAAAAGGAAUUUGAAGUAAUCGGAAAGUUGUUGUCAGAGUUCUGGACUGAAUUGGUUCCAAUGACAAUCCUGCAACCGGGCUAUGUUGAUAAGUGCCAUAAUUAUUUUUCGACCCAGAAACUGGAGCGAUGGACUCACAUCAGACUGAACAUGUACCCAGAUGGUGGAAUUGCACGACUCAGAGUUUAUGGCAUUGGCCAAAGAGAUUGGUUAUCAGUUUCACCAAAGCAGGAAAUAGAUCUGGUUGCAAUGACCAAUGGGGGUGUAUGCUUGGGAUACAGUGAUGCUCAUUUUGGACACCCUAAGAACAUUAUCGGCAUUGGAAGAUCUAAAGUUAUGUCUGAUGGAUGGGAGACAGCCAGGAGGUUGGACAGACCGGCAAUUUUAAAGGCAGAUGAUCAGGGUAUUUUACAGGUACCUGGUUGUGAGUGGGCUGUUUUUAGACUUGGACAUCCUGGUGUAAUAACUCACAUUGAUAUUGAUACCAGCCACUUCAAAGGUAACUUCCCAGAUAGUUGUAAAAUUGAAGGAUGUUCUAUAACUCCAGAAGAAGAAAAAGAAAGAAUUGCUACAAAGUGGAAAGACUGCCGUGGUUUGAAAUGGAAGUUAUUGCUGCCAAUUACUAAGCUCAAACCACACCAGCAACACUCCUACCCCACAGAAAUGAAAGAUAUUCUAACUCAUGUGCGACUGACAAUUAAGCCAGAUGGUGGGAUCAGUAGGAUGCGGCUCUUGGGAAUUCCGUGCACUCUUCCCUCAGGAAACCUGUGAAAAGAAUCUCUACAAAUGCAUUGCAAUUUUUUUCUCUCAAUUAUAUCAAUUUUGCUAGAAAUAUACUUGUGCUGGAUUGCCAACUUUUCUUUGUUCCAGUUUGUCUUGUGUCAUUUGAAUUACUAAACUAUAGGCUUCUUAUGAGGAAGCUAGAAGAUGAAAAUUAUGACAGAAAUCUUCUCUCAAAUCCCAAUUAUAUCAUUUUUAUUACUGCAGUAGAGUUGCGAAGGCAAUGAACCUACAUGAAAUCUUAACUAGUCUGAUUUUAUAACUUAUAAAUAAUGUGUUCAAAUAUCUCUGUAAAUCCUGGUUCUAAUCUCUGCUUGAGUAAAUUAUUGAGGUUGUGGAGGUUUCCUUGUUUUGAGUAAAAUGAAGAAUUGUUGCCAAGGGAAGAAUUGUCAACGCCUUUAUCUUGUUUGCUCUGUAGUGGUUGUGCCUAUCAAUUCAAUUUUAAGGGGUCUAUUAAACACCACCUUCUCCCCACCCCUGUCCAUCUCACCCCACCCUUUGCAAGGAGAGCUGAUUAGAUACAAACAUAGGGAUUCUUGCAAGCAAAUGGAAUGGAAUGUCUAUUUUCACCCGGCUAUAUCUGAGGCAUCAUGUUUGAGGUGACCUCCUCCUUCUCCUCAUCUACUGAUGAUGGGGAAGUUCUACCUUAAAUGGACUCCCCUAGAAGUAGCAAUUGCCAGGCUGUGGCAUAUUCAAGAUUAACUUAAGUCGCCAGCAUAUCUCUACACUUUAAUCUGGCUUAUUUCAGAACUGAAUAGGAUGCAUGCAGGCUUUUAGAGCCUCUUUUUCACUCUUAAGCAAUAUUUGAUAACACUCUCUAAUUUAAAGAGUUUUGAGAAGAUUUGUAGUUCAGGUUGAGGUUCUGGAUGUAAGUUUGCUCACUGAGCUGGAAGGUUCAUUUUCAGAAGUUUUGUCACCAUA